CGCCAACUUGACUUCUAAGUAAACUGAUAUCAAUUCAUUCAAACAGAUGUGGAUGACUUUGAAUUGUAAUGAUUCUGUGUUCUUGUUAGCUAUGAAAACUGUGUACUGAUGAUCUGACCAACACAAAAUCUUUCCCACUUGUGCAGAUUGUUAUAUGUUUUACACCAAUUUCUGCCUAGCGGUUUUGAUCAGUCACCCGAAUUCUUUGCCAAUGGCUUUUCCUAUGCUUCACCAUGCCGUGCUCUUGUUACUCUUUGUUCUCCCAUCUUGGCCUUCGGUAUUUUCUCAAGCUAAUCCUGAAAUUCGUUUGGGUUCAUCCCUUAUGGCCUCUGAUAACUCUUCCUCAUGGAGAUAGCCUUCUGGUGAAUUCGCCUUUGGAUUUUACCAACUUGGCAAUCAAAACCUUUUCUUGCUUGCCAUCUGGUUUGACAAAAUACCAGAGAAAACAUUAGCUUGGUAUGCAAAUGGAGAUAAUCCGGCACCAGAAGGAUCAAAAGUUGAACUCACCUCUGAUGGUCAGCUCAUACUAAAUGAUCCAAAAGGAGAUGAGAUCUGGAGACCCCAGACCACUCUCAACGGGGUCACUCAUGCAUACAUGCUCGAUGCUGGCAAUUUUGCUCUUGUGAAUGGGGAUCAAAAUUCUACUCAUGUAUGGGAGAGCUUCAAGAAUCCUGCGGACACCGUCUUGCCAACUCAAGUGCUGGAAAUUGGUGGCACAGUGUCUUCUCGCCAAGCUGAAAGCAACUACUCAAAGGGGAGGUUCCAGCUCCGUUUGCUGCCUGAUGGAAAUCUUGUACUUAACACCUUUGACCUGCAAACAAAUACUGCAUAUGAUGCUUAUUAUUGGAGCAAAACCUAUGAUGCUGCAAAUAGGAGCAAUUCUGGUGAACGGGUGAUUUUUGAUGAGUUAGGCCACCUCUAUGUCGUUCUACAAAGCGGAGAUAAUGUUACCCUCAAGUCAGGAAGCGCAGAAUCAACCGGAGGUUAUUACUACCGAGCAACACUGGAUUUUGAUGGGGUUUUUAGAAUAUAUACUCGGCCCAAGCUCCAGAGCAAUGGAAGCUGGGUUCCGUUCUGGUAUGUCCCAAAAGACAUUUGCUCCGAGAUUGGGGGCGAUUUGGGCGGUGGGAGUUGUGGCUUUAACAGUUACUGCGUACCUGACUCAAGUGGAAGGCCUGCUUGUGAGUGCCUUCCGGGGUUUUUCCCUGCUGAUCCACAUAAUAAACUCAAUGGCUGCAAGCAUAACCUAACACAAAAAUGUGAAGCAGGAGGUUCAAAUAUGGAGGAUUUAUACCAAAAGCGUGAGGUGUCGAACUUAUUUUGGCCUUCUUCUGCAAACUUUGAAAAGAAGGAGUCCCUAAGUGAAGAACUCUGCUGGACAUCCUGCUUAUAUGACUGCAAUUGUGUGGUGGCUGUCCAUAAAGAAGGCACCUGCUGGAAGAAGAAAAUGCCACUUUCAAAUGGAAGGGUGGAUUGGAGUACUCGUGGGAAGACUCUUGUUAAAGUUCCAAGGUAUGACGUUUUUUCAGGUGAGCCCCCUUUUCGGCAUCCAAUCAGGGAGAAGAAGAAAGAACAAGGAACCUUUAUUCUGGUGGGGUCAAUUCUUCUAGGUAGCUCUGCAUUUCUCAACUUCCUACUUGUGGCAGCAAUUUCUCUGGUUAGAUCUUACCCAAGCCAAAAGAGACGUGAACUUACAAGGGCAUCCAGUAUUUUGGAAACAAAUAUACGCUCUUUUACUUACGAAGAACUCAAGCAAGCUGCAGAUGGGUUCAGAGAAGAACUUGGAAGAGGAGCUUUUGGCACUGUUUAUAAAGGAGUGUUGUCAUCAUCAAGUUCAGGAAGUCAAGUAGCUGUUAAGAAGUUAGACAAGUUAGUCCAAGAGGGUGAGAGGGAAUUCAAAACAGAAGUGAGGACAAUAGCAAUGACCCAUCACAAGAAUUUAGUAAGAUUGAUUGGAUUUUGUGAUGAAGGGCCACACAAGCUUUUGGUCUAUGAGUUCAUGUGCAAUGGCACAUUGGCUAGCUUCCUCUUUGGAAGUUCGGCUCCGGACUGGAAAAUAAGAACCCAGAUGGCAUUUGGGGUUGCACGAGGGCUCAUGUACUUGCACGAGGAGUGUAGCACACAGAUCAUCCACUGUGACAUCAAGCCCCAAAAUGUCCUCUUGGAUGAUUCGUUCACAGCAAGGAUUUCAGAUUUUGGAUUGGCAAAGCUUCUGAUGAGUGAUCAAACUCGGACACUUACAGCCAUUAGAGGGACCAAAGGUUAUGUCGCACCAGAAUGGUUCAGGAGCAAGCCAAUUACAGCAAAAGUGGACGUUUAUAGUUAUGGAGUCAUGUUACUAGAGAUCAUUAGUUGCAAGAAGUGCAUUGAUUUCCAAACAGAAAAUGAAGAGGAAGCCAUCCUCACUGAUUGGGCUUAUGAUUGCUAUAGAGGUCACAGAUUGGAUAAGCUAGUGGAGAAUGAUGAUGAUGCUAGAAACGACAUGAGGAGGCUGGAGAAGCUAGUGAUGGUAGCAAUUUGGUGCAUUCAAGAGGACCCUUCUCUAAGGCCUUCCAUGAGAAAUGUCACACAGAUGCUUGAAGGAGUUGUUGAAGUUCCCAUGCCCCCAUGUCCUUUCCCCUCUACUUCAAUCCGCUGAAACUACAAAACCACUCACCAUCAACAUAGUACUUUCCUUUAUUCUCUCGUGGAAGCUCUGUUCUAGAAUUCAGAUACUCAUGCUUGUUCUAGAUACCGUUUUUCAGAAUUUCAAGUUCACCCAUGUAAUUUCUAGCUUUAAGCUCCAAGAAGAUUAGGUUCAAUUAUAAGGGUGUUUGAAUUUUUAUGAUUAUUUAUGUUUGUAUUUGUUUCUUUUCUGCUUUUAGCAGUGACAUUGAUGAAAAAUUCUGAGUUGGGUGCAACCU